AUGGAUCUGACGCUCAUAGUGCCCCAUGAUAGGCUCGCGCCUAUCCGCGGUGUAUCCAUGGAUCCAUAUACCGGUCCGUACACGGAUAGCCGACUGCACUGUUUCUCCAAGGCAGCGGCCGCAUUAGAGCGCGAUCUCAAAGUCCCCGAUCUUCCGAGUUACUUCAACCCUCCGCCGUCCUACGAUGACGCGAUCAGCGAUCUCCCGCCGGACUAUUACGCAGUUGCGCCACUAGCGCGCCAAAAGAACCCGGUUCAUCAGGAUGCACCAGCUAGAACGGAUGCGAAAUCCGCGUCCCCGUUUGCUAUCGACUUCGAGACGCCAGCUGGGGUGCGCGAACAUAAGGGGGGCAAGAAGAAGAAGAAGGCCGCUGCCGCGCCCCAGAAACAGGAGUCGCCGCCACCACCGGAUGAAGGCGAGAAAAACGAUGGCGGCGGCGGCGAGGAUGGGCAGAAUGGCGAUGCUGGAAACGAUGGAGGCGCUGGAGACGGAGGAGACGGCGGUGGAGGUGAUGACGGGAAUGGAGGUGGUGACGGUGGUGAUGAUGAUUGGGGUGGCUGGGCCACCACGACCACCAAGAAGAAGAGCAAGAAGAAGCAGAAGGAAGAGGAGGAGGAAAUGAAGAGGAAAGAGGAGGAAGAAAGGCUCGCGCGCGAAGAGGAGGAACGAAAAGCCAAGGAGGAAGAGGAGCAGAGAGCCGCGGACGAGGCGGCCGCUGCCGCUGCAAGCAACAACAAUAAUCUCAGUUGGGCGGAUGAGGCCGACGGGAACGGCGAUGAUUCCUGGGCUGGAUUCAACACUGUCGGCAAAAAGAAGAACAAGAAAAAGGGCAAGACGGAGCCGGCUGAGCCUGAGCCUACCCAGAACGCAUUCCAGGAUAUCAGUCUCAACGACGGUGCGCCGCAACUAGAUCUCAAUUUAGACACUUCUGGAAGCAAGCUAACCGGCGGCGGAUUCAACUUUGGAGGCUGGGGCAAGGACUGGAAUACUGGUAACAAAUGGGGCCUGGACACCCUCAAUGGUGAUAAGAGCACCAAUCCGUGGUCUACGGGCAGUAAGCCUGAUCCCACCAAAACCUCCGUUGGGUUCGACUUUGGAAACUUUGAUGGCACUACCGGAAACGAGGCUACUGAAGAAAAGAAACCUGAAGAGGAUGACUGGGGCUUUACCGUGACCUCGAAGAAGGACAAGAAGAAGAAGAAAAAGGCUGAAGAGGAAGCUCCACCUCCUCCAGAGCCAGAGCCGGAACCGGAACCUCAAGUUGAGCCAGAACCAGCACCGGUAGUCGACAAUGCCUGGGGAAUCGGCUUAUCGAAGAAGGAGAAGCGCAAGGCAAAGAAGGAGGCGGCCUCGAAAACUACGGAGAAGCCUGCUGAACCGGAACCAGUUGUCGAAGAGCCCGUCGAUAAUGCGGAACCGGAGAAACCCCAAGAGACAGCGGAUGAUAAUGAUUGGGGCUGGGGAGUGUCUACUAAGAAAAAGGACAAAAAGAAGAAGGCAGCCGAAGAACCUAUCAUCGAACAGCCGCCCGCCCCUGACCCUCCACCUGCAGCAUCACCGCCAGAGGAUGACUGGAUGAAUGGUUGGGGGACCGCAGGCAAGAAAAAGGACAAAAAGAGCAAAAAGAACGCCAUUCUUGAGGAACCGGUGGUUGAAGAACCCCCUGCUGCCCCAGACCCACCCACAGAGCCAGAGAAGAAAGAAGAGGAUGACUGGGCUGGAUGGGGAAUCGCGAAGAAAGAUAAGAAGAAGAAGAAAGGCAAAGAGCCGGAACCUGAGCCCGAGCCUGAUCCUCCAGCUGACCCUGAGCCUGAGCCUGAGCCCGAACCCGAACCCGAACCUGAGCCGGAGCCGGAAGCAGAACCAGAACCACCAGCCCCGAAGUUGCCAGACGACCCCUUGUACGACAACUGGGAGAACCUCUCUUCUAAGGAGCGAAAGAGACGGGAGAAGACCCUGAAAAGGAAAGGUCUCCCUAUCCCGGGUGUAGACUUCGAGUGGCCUCCGAAGGCACCAGAACCAGUGGAAGAAGUCAAACCAGAGCCUGAGGCUGAGGCAGAACCGGAACCAGAACCAGAGCCUGAGCCUGUUGUUGAACCGGAGCCUGAACCUGAACCCCAGCCUGAGCCCGAGACUGUCAUCAAGCAGCAGGAAGAUGAUGAUGGUUGGGGUAUCUGGGCCACUUCCAAGGAUAAGAAGAAGUCCAAGAAGAACAAGGCUGUAGAAGAGCCACCCCCUCCUGCGCCUACCCCUCCUGCCAUAGGACUAACCCCGGAGCCGGACAACGGGUAUGAUGACCACGGUGGCGAGGAGUCCAUCUGGGACGAAGUCACUCCUAAGGUAUCCAAAAAGAAAGCCGUGGAGGAAACUCCAACCAAGGCGAAAGGAUUCUGGGCCAGCCUGGGAGCCGCUACGAUGGGUACUAAACCGAAGGCCACCAAGAAGAAAUCCGAGGAGAAACCCAAAGCUGACCCCAAGCCUGCCGAAGAGGAUUUACUGAUUGAUGUUGAUGAUGACCCCAAGGAGGCUGAGCCACCAGCCGCGCCUGAGGCGCCAGUGGUGGAAGAACCGCCGCCGCCGCCAGCCGAGCCGCCAGCGAAGACCCCCGCAUCUUCAUCCAAGGCCAAGACGUCAGCCAAGCUGUCGGUUGCAGAGCGCAUCAAGGCUCUAGAACAGGCCAAAAAGGACAGGCUAAAAGAAAAGGCUGCAGAAAAAGCAAAGGCCAAAGAAGCGCCCCCACCGCCCCCUGAAGAGCCUCCCCAGGAGCCGGAACCUGUCGAGGAAAAGAAGGUUUCACGAGACUCCGUGCCAGGAAGUUUCCCUGACGCCUUUGACGACGACUUCGAUGCGCCACCCCCUGCUCCAGAGCCUGAACCUGAACCCGAGCCUCAGAAAGAGCCAGAGCCGGAGCCAGAGCCGGAACCGGUCCCAUUAUCCAAGAAAGCCAAGAAGAAAUUGGAAAAGGAGAAAAAGAAGGCGAAGGCGGUUGAGCCCGAACCCGCUCCAGAGCCAGUCCCUGAGCCAGUGGUUGAAGCGGAACCAGAACCUGAGCCUGAGCCGCAACAGGAACCAACACCAGCCCCUGAGCCCGAACCGGAGCCAAUGCCAUUGUCCAAGGCUGAAAAGAAAAAGAAAAAGAAGGCCAAGGCUGCCGAGCCAGACCCCGAACCCGAGCCUCCAGCUGAACCGGAGCCUCAGCCAGAGCCAGAGGCUGAGCCUGAGCCUGAGAAGCCUACGAAGAAGAGUAAGAAAAGAUCAACCAAAAAGGAUGUGUCGCCGGUAGAUACAUCCCCUGCGGAAGAACCCCAGGAUGACCAACCCGACGCGGAAGAUGGAAAGCCCCCGACGCCACCGCCAGAGCCAACCACCCGCGAGAGAUCCGCCAAGAAAGAGCGUGCUCGUGUUGAUCGCACAUCAGGCGCAGCGGCUUGGGGUUUCUGGGCGGCUGCGCCGCCGCCAAAGAAAACUGCCUCGAAAGAGGUCAGGCACAGCAGGCGAGAGCCCUCUCCUCAGGCUAUGGCUAGGUCGAGAUCAACGAAACACUCGAAAGCCAGGGAGUCCGAAAACGAGGCAGAAAGGUCGUCGGCAUCUGAAAAAGACCGACGACGAGAGGCGAAGCAUAACCGGGGCAUGACGUUUUCCAACUUCAUUCUCGGCACAGCGCCGCCGCCAUCGAGAACGAAGUCCAGUCGGAGGGCUGGAGCAUCUUCUUCGCGACCCCUAUCGAGACGGCCGUCCGUCGAAAUGGAAGAUCCCACCUUUCCUUCGCCACCUCCUGAUGAAAGGCGCGAAAUGCCUGAUAAGGCCGCCCGAAUGAUGGGCGUGACUGCCUCUGGGUCGAGACGAGAAAGAGAACGACCGCAUGGUUCGCGAAGGAAAUCCCGUAUGGCUUCCGUUUGUUGUAUAACUGAGCAGGUCUUGACUGACUUAUCAUUGCAGGUGUUCGCGAUAUGCCUGCCCCUGAUGACGAAGACAUGGUCAUGGUCGAGGCACGGAGACCUUCAGGAUGACCCUGUGAUGGUUGAUGCAGAGCACCAAAGCCCCGAUGUUAUUUCAGGGCCCGACGAUCUUGCUUUCGUGGACGCCCCGCCUCGGGAGAGACGCGUGAAGCGAUCUAAUACCGCUCCGAAGAAGGCUGAACCAGGUGGCCUCAUGGGCCUAAUCGGUUCAUUAAGAAGGACGGCUCGUCCGGAGCCGUCGGAGCGUCCACCGGAACGACGCAAAUCCAGGUCACGCCGUGAUGACGAUGCCAGAUAUACAACAGAGCCUGAGCCAGACGAGGCUCGUCGCAUGCGGAGGGAAGAGAGAAGAAGACGCUCUGUUCGACCAGACGUCGACGCUGAUGGUUUUGCCACCGACGCAGGGCCGCCGGGCGCUUUCCCAGCGGAUCCAGAAGCCGAGGAAGCGGAAGCUCGCAGGGCAGCACGUAGGGCGAAGCGUGCAUCACGCCAGGCGGAGGCUGAACAGCUCCGUGAGCAGGAAAUGCGAGAAGCAGAAGAGCGACGAGCCCGUCGUAGAGAGCGGCAGAAGGCCCGAGAGCGCGAGAUACAAGAACAACAGCUCCGUGAGGAACAGGAGCGCGAAGAGCGGCUUCGCGAAGAAAAGCGCGCUCGCAGGGCUGCUCGGGAGCAACGUCGGGCCAUGGAGGAACAAGAGGCGCGAGAGGCAGAAGCUCGCGCGGAGGCCAAAGCCGCAGAGCGCCGGGAACGUCGGAGACAGCGAGAGGCUGAGCGUCAACGUGCAGAGGCUGAAAUGCAUGAGAACGAGCAACGUUCCAAGCACCACUCUCGCAUCGACGAUCGGACCGCGAGGGAGUUUUACCUGGGUGACCAGGACCCGGAGAGAGCCAACCGUGCCCAUAGAUCCGUGGAGGAAAGGGACAAGUCGCGUCGGCGAAAGUCCAGGAUCAUGCCUGAGCCACCGGUGAUGUCUGGCGGCCGUAAAGACAAGAUCUCCAACUGGGUUCAUUCCCAGGCAGCUGAUCCACCCGAGCCACCGCCUGUUGUUCCGACUGUCUUGGACAUACCUCCUGGCGCAGAAGACCCGGCUAAUGCACACUCCAUUUCGUCCGACGAAGAGGCCCGACGUGAGCUCCGCCGAAAGGCGCGGAGACGAGCCCGGUAUCCGGGCAUGACCGACGAGGAGAUUGACGAAAUGCGCGCCAGGAAACGGGAAGGACGCCGUGAAGGCGUGAAGAGUAGCUCCGGCAGUGGCGACUACGAUCGAGACCGGGGCGCCCGAUACGACCGUUACGGGCCACCUCCCAGCUCUGGGGGAAAGAUGAAUUGGUUUAAGAAGCUGACGAGCUUCUAA